UCACUCUUCAUCACUCCACAUCCAGGUCACCCCGGGGCGGAGCUGCCUUGCACCGCACAGCCAGCCGGACGCAUCUCGGAUACUCUCCUCUUCUUCUUCUUCCUCCUCCUUCUCCUCUUUCGAUAACACGCAGUUCUUUCUCCGUCCUGAUCGCCACCGGAGGGUCGGUUCAUUUUUCCAUCCAGAGAGAAAGUAUAACCGCAGACAAGGCCCCCUUCAUCCCCGGUGUUCGCCAUGGGAGCAGAGAGCUCAGUGCCGCGGGACGGGAAGAGCCAGGAGGAGGAUGCCUCAGCCGCAGCCUCCGGGGGGGAGCUGAGCGCGGAGCUGGAGGUGCUCCGGGAGGAGGGAGGCGGCCCGCUGGACACCAAGCCUUUGCAGAAAAAUGGGCAGAUCUCCAGCAUGAGCAGCCUGAACGGACACUCGGAGGACAACACCCUGGCAGAAGUUGGCCAGCCUGAUGCUGUGUCAGUGCCUCCAAAGGAGGAGGCCUCUGAGGCCGUGGACACCGUCCAGGAUGAAGUAGCCCCUCAAGUGAAUGGUGAGAAAGUGGAGAAGGAAUCCCCUGAUGCCAAUGACAUCUCCGCGGUUGAGGAGAAGGCAGGGGAGGAGAAGCCUGACGAUGCGACUGAAGUGGGCUUCAAGAAGAUCUUCCGCUUUGUGGGCUUUAAGUUCACACUGAAUAAAGACAAGAGUGAGGAGAAAGACCCCGUGAAGCUACUGACGGUCAAAGAUAAGGAGGGACAAGAGCUCACGGGGACAGAUGAACCUACAAAGGAGGAGGAGGCUACAGCUGAAGAGAAGGAGGCUGACUCAGAGGCAACUACUGUUGAGGCUGAACUCACUGAUAAAGCUGAAACCCCUGAUGCCCCAGCUGGAGACGCUGCAAAUGGAGAAACUGAUGAAGCAGUCAAGGGGGAAGACGCUGAGAAGGAAGGAGAGGCCAGUCCACCCUCCCAGGAGACCACCCUGACCCUGUCCCCCUUCAGAAAGCUCUUCGGUGGAGGCAUCUUCUCUAACCUGCGAAAGAAGGCCAGCAUCAAGAAGACAAAAGAGGAGGAAGACAAGGAGAACGUUGUUGAAGAGGAAGCAGCAAAAUCAGAGGAAACUGCUGCAGCAGAGGAGGACAAGGUUGAUGCAGAGCUAGGAAACCAGGAGGAGGCACCAGCAACUUCAGAGGAAGACAAAUCUGAGCCAAAGGAGGAGGCACCCGUCACUUCAGAGGACGUCAAAUCAGAGGCAACCCUAGCAUCUGAGGAAACCACUGCUCCCUCAGCAGGUACUUCUGACGAGACUAAACCAGAAGAGGCAAAAGCAGAAGAGGAGAAGGCUCCAGCAGAGGUGACGUCUGAGGUUGAGCUCCUCUCAUCACAGGAGAAGGUUAAGUCCCAGGGAAGCCCCCUGAAGAAGCUCUUCACUGGCGCUGGCUUAAAGAAACUGUCAACUAAGAAACAGAAGACCAAGAAAGAGGCUGUGAGCAAAUUGAAUGAGUCUGGCGAGCAGACAGCUGAGCAGCUUCAGUCAUCCACUGAAUCAGCAGAGGCUCCUAAAGCCGACAGUGGGCCCUCAUCUCCAGAAGAGUCAGGAGAGCAUGUCCUUGCUGUGGAGGUGACCCAGAAUGAGUCCAGCCAAGAGAGUGAGGUUGAAGUUGCCUCUGACGGAGAGAAGAAAAAAGAGGGCAUCAUCGCCUGGUCCUCCUUCAAGAGACUAGUAACUCCCAAGAAGCUUGUGAAAAGGUCUUCUGAGAGUGAUGAUGAAGCCACAGGUGAGAAACCAGCAAAGUCAGCCACACUGUCCUCUUCUGAGAGCGCUCCAUUAGCAGAUAAGAGUGUUGAGGAGGAGGCCACGGAGGAGAAGCCAACUGAGGAAGAGCCAAAGACUGAAAACACUGAGAAACUUGUCAGCAGCACCGAAGAGCCCAAAAAGAAAAUGGACACCUCUGUCUCCUGGGAUGCCCUCAUGUGUAUGGGUGGAACCAAAAAGAGGACAAGGAGGACAUCUGAUUCUGAUGAUGAGGAGACCAAGAUUGAAGAGGAAGCAGCAGCUGUAGAAGCAGUUGCAGAAGAGGAACAGGAGGUCAAACCCGAGGCUGCUGUUGUCACUUCUGCCUCACAAAACACAGAGAGUGAAGGAGAAGGAGAAGUUAUUUCCUCAGCUGAGGCUUUAAGUCCCCCUGACAGAGAAUCUACCUGGGACACACUGAAACGCAUGGUUAUGUCAAAGAGUAAGCCCAAACUUGAUGAAAAACCAGAGGAGAGUGCAAACCAAGUCCAGUCAGACAGUGAAGCCCCAAAGGAAGAGUCAUCUUUCUCCUUGAGGAAGUUCUUCCCUGGACGCAGAAAGAAGAAGGUUGACAAGCAGGCCUCCACUGAAGCUGGAGAGGAGGACUCUGACACCCCAGCUGUGGUUCCUCUCUCAGAGUACGAUGACCAAGGUGAGGCUAAACAGGAAGCACCAGCUGAGAUCCAGACUAACGAGUCUACUGAAGAUAGAUCCCCUUCAUGGAUUCCAGCCUCUGUCGAAGAAGCUGAUAAUAACCAAGAUCAGCUGAGUGACAUCCCAGAGGAGACAGAGAAUGCUGCCACCCCAAAGUCUGUUGACACUGAUAUUGCCGAUGAUGAGGACCAGGCUAAUCGGACCAACAACAGCCUUCGUCGCAGGGGGCGUAGGCUGUCCACAGCUGAAAUGAAGCCUGUCACUCAGGCUCCAGCUUCAGAGGCCACCCUCGUUCCUCAGGGACCCUUGUCGGGAAACGCAGAGGAGGUUGUGGCAGGUAUUGAGGCCCAAAUCAGUGAAGUAGUAUGCCAGACAUCUGUGACUGUUGUAGAUGUAUCAGUAGAGGCAGCUUCUGAAAACAUCGAGGGUGAACCACCAACCGAGAUUGCAGAGGUAACGUCAAAUACUAUCCUGCAGCCACAUACUAGUGAUGAGGCAAUGGCUAUCUGUACUGGCCUGGGCACAAAGGAGAUCGCCAAAGUAGCUUUGGAGAAGCCUGCAACAACCCUCGUUGAGUGCAUGGCCGUGGUCCAUGAUGUCCUGGGCACAGAGGUGUUGAUUGAAGAUAAACCAGCCAGUCCAGAGGAAGGCACACUUGUGGAAGCUGCAAUGUUCAAAGCCCAAGUGCAGCAAGUUGAAACCACUGACCUUGAGCCCGCUGUUGAAAAUUCACAGGAUGAGGAGGCCAUUCAAGUUGCCACUGAGAGCUGCGAACCUGAAAUUGAGAGGAUUGGAGUCGUCACCACUCUUAUGGAGGAGUCUGUUGCCCUUCAGACCACCACAGUGUGCGAGAACUCUCCCAAAGUGGAAGUAGUCAACCCCAUUACCCCAACAACUGAGGCAGCCAUCUGCACCCAGAGCAUAGAAGUCAUCGAGCCAACUGUAGAGACCAAGACAGUGAAAAUGGACAUGGAGCUGCUUGGUGCUGCCACUGAGGAACAUGCGCCUAUCUCAGAGGUAGUCCAGGUUGUGAAUGAGGAGAAAUCUUUUACCAUGUGUACUACUACAAUGACCACCAUCGCAAAGGAGAGUGUAGUCCUAUCAAGCGAGGAGGCUCCCGUCAUUUCAGAAACGGUGGUUGGCAUCACCCCGCUCAGUGUGGAGUCUGACCAGGUGGCAAGCUCAGAGGAGGUGACCAUAAAGAAGGAAGAGACAGUUGUGGAGACUGUGGAGGCCACUUCCGUUGAGAUUGUUCAGCCAGCGAGUCCUGCUGUCGGUGAGCAGGCAACAGAGAAGAUGGAAGAAAUCCAGGAUGAUGUGCAGCAGUCCUCUGAGAUUGAGACUCAGAGCCAGGUUAUUGCCCAGGCUAUCAUUCAGGAUGCCAUAGAUAAAGUUUCAGAGACCACACCUGAACCCCAAGAGCCUGCCACCGCCCCAUCACCAGUCCAGGCAACAGCAGGAACAGAGGAAGAAAUCAUAACUGAGAACAUUGUAGUCAAUGACACCCCUGUCGCUGUCAUCUGUGACAUACCAGCACCAAAGUCCCCCCCUCAGCUUCAUGUUGCCAUGGAGGUCAUUGACACAAUCGCUUUAGAGGUCACAGAGAGCCUUGACGCAAAGGUGGAGGAGGAUGAGGAGAAGGAACAAGUGGAAGAGUUGAAGCAAGCUGUGGAAGUUAAAGUAAGUGAAGAAGAAACAGUUGUAGUGGAAGAGGUCGUAGAGGGUGUCGCAGAGGUGGAGAAGGAAGAGAGCCAAGAGGAGGAGGUGAAACCACAAUCAGAGGAGUCAGAGGAGAACAAAGACGUAGAGAUCCACAUGCCAGUCCAGGUGGUCCUGCAGAUGGCACAUCUGGUGGAGGAGCAAUUGUUGGAAGAAGAGGCAGUAGUAGAGUUUGACAGCAAUGGUCCAGUGAACAACAACACCAGCGCAGAGCCCAUGAGCCCCGCAAGCGUAAAAAAACUCUCAACACUGUCAGAAGAAGCUCAGGUGACGGCGUCAGGGGAGGAGACAGAGGAGGCAGCAGCUGACCAUUCGGUGAAGGCGAAGAAGACAUCAGGGAAGUGCGCCGAGGUGAUGGCCCAGGUGAUCGAGGUGAUUGAGGAGGCUGUGAAGGAGAUCGAGCCUGUGUCCACAGAGAUCACAGCAGCAUCAUGAGCAGGUGAAGAUACUAGACUGAUGCCUGGGAGACGCACUGUCUGGACCAGGAAGUGAGUGAUAACGGAGAGAGAGAGAGAAUGAGAGAGCGAGAGAGAAUGAGAGAGAAAAAGAGACUGCUCUAUGCUGAGACUGGGCCCCGCCCAUCCCGCCCAGAGAGACUGAGUGAUGAACAACAGCUCUGCCGUUCUCUCCACCUCCCCUUCCACCCGUACUCCAGCCCCACCCUGCAGACCCCCGUCACGAGGACGUGACGCCACACCCUCGCCCCCUUCACUCACUCUCUCUCACACACACACUCACGCAUGUCCCAUGCCUCAGAAGCAUCUCCAUCUGGCUUGUAUCGGUGUGAUGUAUGUUCAAUGUCUCAGUGACUUUCCACUGCCCUUGCUGCAUUAGGCGAGAGUCCGCAACCUGGUCUGAGUGUGCAUGUGUGUGUGCGCGCGUUUGUUUGUAUGUGUAUAGUAGCGAGAGUGCGAUGGUGUCAGAAGGUGAAGAGACGGAGGAUUAUUAUCUUGUGUAUUGUAUUUAUAUCUUGAAUAUUCUUUCAUUCACCCCAAAGUCUUUAUUUUUCUUUUUUUGUUCCUUUUUUGUUAUUGUAUGGACAGUGUUGCCUGUUUUAAAAGCUCCCACAUUAAGCUGUGAAGCAGUAGGUAUUCUUUUAAGUAACAUUGUGACUGUUGACACGGAGAAACAUCUGAAAAACGUUAAAAUGUACCAAAACAAGUGCGAAUAUGUUGCAUAACAGUGACUUGUGUACCGCAGCUUCCCCCCCCCCCUGUCAUCCUCUGAAGAUUAUUUCAAGCAUCUGUAGCAUUUAUAUCUAAACCAUGGUACAAAGUGUGAUGCCACCGAGAGCGAGCGACGACACUGUGUGCAGAGACGAGAACAGAGAGAAUGAAGCUAUCCACCAGAAUUUGCACCACGUGUUUGACUUUUGACACAUUCUCUCGUCACACUGUGUUCUUCACUCUGCAGCCCAACAGGACACAUAGUGAGCUUAGUGUAGAUAAGACAACAAACAGACAACUGCCUGAUUUACUGUGAAAUAAAUAUUGUUACACAUUGUUCCAUGUCAUUAUACAAUAAAAUAUGAUUAUAACAACAUUUGGUCAUAUGGCAGAGGUAUUUGCUAAACAAUCAUACGUUUGGGUGUUUUUUUUCCGAGUCAUGCUGGGAAAAUAGGUGCAUGUAAGAAACGGUUACAAAGCGAAUCCUGUUCACGUUAAAUGGUAUUCUGACUUAUUAUGUGCUAUAUGUCUCAGUGGUGUGUGGUAGUUUUAUUGAGGUUUAACACCUGUCUUUAUGGAGGUAUACAUUGCUUCAUAGAAAUACAGUAUGUUGACGCCCUAUGUUGCAUCCAAAAUACAGUGCACCCUUCAAUGUACAGUCAUUUGUGUUAUUUUGACUUCAACUGUACAUGUCAACAAGGGCGAUCGAGUAUGAACAUGGUCUUUGCUCUGCUUAGUCUUAUGUCAGAACCUGCUUCAUGUCGUGUUCUCCCAACCAGGUUCACUGAGAACAUUAGACUCACUCUGUUGCGGCUUUAGACAGAGACACAUAGACUGCAUGGUACCAUAAAUAACAGCAAACGCUAUUUAGUUUUCUAAUUUAAAAGCCAAAUUGAGUUAGGAUAAAUCAGGGCCUCAUGGUCUUUCCAUUGCCCACUGGACUAAUUCUAUUGUUUAGGUUGCAUGUGGUUAAAUGCCAAAAGCUCGGCGACAAACCUAAUUAAUAACUUCAUUAGCAAACUGCUAAGGACGGUAGAAUAUAUGAAACAUUCCAGUUUAAGCACCAAACACAAACAUGUAGCUAUGUGUUUCAACGGUAUACUUAACAUUUCGCAUCCAUUGUUGAUAAAGUUGCUCUGUGUCAGGUUUAGUGCUUCUUCCUCCGUUUUAUUUUGGCGACUCAAAGUCUAAUCAGCUUUAUGACCAAACCGGAGCAGCACCGGGAAGCACCGACCCCUGUUAGGUCAUCACUUCCCUUCACUUUGGCUCCAGAGACGUGACACAUCCAUGACACGUGCUUUAUGUAAAAAAGAAUUAAACAAUCGAUUUAAAGCAAAAUAAAGUAAUUUGUUGCAAAAUGUAAAGCAUUUAAUUGUAGGACACCAGGCCACCGUCAGUUCUCCCUGCUUUUUGUAACACUGUGAACCUGUUAACAUUUGUACAGAUUGUAUACCUACUGUAUGUAGUAAAAUCAUAUUGUUGUAAUAUUAACUACAAUAACCUGCAGACUUUUAGCAUAUUACUCACGUAGCAUGGUCUUAAUUGCCUUUUAUAUUUUCCAAGCUGUUAAUAGUAAGGAUACAGAUUCUUGUCUAUAUUUCAAUCAAUAAAGGUAGAGAAAGUUAA